AUUUGUAAACCUGAAUUAAUGAUGAUGAAUUUGAGGUUCUUCUAAUCAACUGCAAUGCCAAGAAGUUCACGUUAUUAACUAGGUACUAAAGAUAAUGAAGUGAUUAUCUUUCUCAAGCCAUUAAUUACUAUUGAAACACAUAAACGGUCCGAGCUUGCAGGCAAAAUGAUGUUGCUGAAGGAUUGUGUUAUAAUUUUGAUUUUAACACUCAAAAGUAUUUUAUUGUGUGACGCAGAACAAUUACAGAAGGAAGACCCUACUGUCACUAGUAUAGAUAAAAGUACAAUUAAUUCGCCAAAUCAGACUGAACACAAUGAAACUAAUGUAUCAACAAAACUCACCGUAAGAUGGCCCUCCACUUCAUUUGACGUACAAACAAGUGAUGGUUUCUUACUGAAAAUAUUUAGACUGUCCUCUGAAUUUAGCAAUGCAGACACAGAAUGUUGUCCAGUGCUACUUGUUCACGGGUUGUACCAGUCUUCAGACAGAUUUCUUAGACGGAAACAGGAACAGAAUCUAGCUUACAAACUGCAGCAUCUCGGAUACGAUGUGUGGCUGUUUAACGCUCGUGGCAAUAAAUAUAGCCGAAGGCACGUCAGUUUAGACCCAGAAAAAAAUCCCACCGAAUUUUUCAACUACUCAUACGAAGAAAUCGGCUAUUUUGACCUCGCCGCCACAGUAGACUUCAUACUCAGUACGACCGGGUUCAAGAAAAUGCAUUAUAUUAGUUAUGGGAUGGGCGGAACUUUCUUUUUAGUUUUAAAUUCGUUAUUGCCGUCGUACAACGAUAAAUUUGAUAGGGCGUUUCUGAUGGCCCCAGUUGCUUAUAGCGGUCGCAUGCCUAACACCGCUCUUCAAAAGCAGUUGCUUCUUCACGAAAGACUUUAUAGCGAUCUUAAGCAAGCAAAAGUUUAUGAACUAUUUCCAUAUUACAAUGAUGAGGACAACAUGGAAUUCAUCCCAUCGAUGUGCUUGGGUUCGGAAAAUUAUAAACUAAUUUGCGAUAAAAUGCAAAUUGCUAAAAUCAUGGAACUAAAUGAUACUAAAAAUUCUAAAGAAGCUACGAGGGGUGGCUCUAUCAAGACUUUAAUUCAUUUUGCACAAAACGUCGAAAAGAAAAAAUUUCUUCGUUUUGAUAACGGAGAUAAUAAUAAUAAAGAAGUGUACGGGCGUAGAGGAAAUCCUCCUGAAUAUUCUUUAAAGGCUAUUACUGUUCUUACUGUAUUAAUAUUUGCGCCAACCGACGAAAUGAUCGACGAAGAUGACAUUUAUGAAUUGGCAUCAAAUAUGACUAAUGUUACACUCAGGAAAGUGGAGAGACCGAAAUUUAAACACGAUGACUUUAUCGCCGGGCAAGACGUAAUGCAUGACGUUUACAAAAGCAUUAUAGAAGAUUUGUCGGAGAGUAAAAAGCAUGAGACACCGGAUCAGAAGAAGAAAACAAACAAGAGCUUCACGUGGUGGAUCGGACUAAUAAUUUUAGGUGUGGGGCUUGCCAUAAUCAUAUUUAUAUGCAUAAAGAUUUUUGGUAGAUAAAAAGGUAAUGAAAAGAAAUAAACAGUCUAAAAUA